AUGCGCGUCUCCUUCCUCUCGUCUGUAGUAGUGGCCUGUGUCCUGUUGACUGGCAAUGUCUACGCACAAGAUGCUGAUAUGAUGAUGACCGAGGAGGCCCCUCCCGAGAAAGUGGGUCUGUGGAGCAGAUUAAAACGAAGUGCCUACAACGCGUUCGGUCACAAGAAGAGCGGCAGUGGGAUCGACGACACGAAUGACAGCAGCGACAGCAGCAGCAGCGACUUCCGCGAGAUGAUGAAGAAGAACAAGGGGGUUAUCACGCCCCCGGUUGAGGACAAGAAAGUCGAGAAUCUGGCCGCAGGCAGCAAGGCAGCCUAA